CAGAUCCCGCAAUCAACCACUUUGCUUCAUUUAUCAAUCAACAAUGGAGCCAUGGUUCGUAAUAAUCGUCUCCCUGUGCACCGCGGCCGUCAUCUGGUCCAUACUAGUCCGCCCGAAGAAGCUACCACCAGGGCCAUCGUUCCUUUACUCCACCUAUCUUAUGCUAACCACUUCGCUCUUAAACUUCGAACCCAUUCUUAUCAAUCUCAAUGCCCGGUAUGGACCAUUGUUUACUCUUCCCAUCGGGUUUCGAACCAACAUCUUUGUCGGCAGCCAUUCUCUAGCCCAUCAAGUCCUUGUGCAGAAAGGCGCAGUCUUCUCCGACCGCCCUAAAUCUGUUAUUACUCGCACCAUCGCCACUUCUUCCUACGGUUCUACUUGGCGGUUGUUUCGCAGGAAUCUUGCGUCCGAGGUCAUGCAUCCCGCACGCAUCAGAUCGUACUCUUGGGCGCGCAAGUGGGUGCUUCAAGUAUUGAUUGAGCGACUUCUAGAACGUCAAGAGAGUGAGGGGAUCAAGGUGGUUGACCAUUUUCAGUAUGCAAUGUUUUGUCUGUUGGUGUUUAUGUGUUUCGGGGAGAAGUGUGACGAGAGUAAAAUCAAAGAGAUUGUUAAAAUACAGCGUAACUUGCUGUUGAAUUUUGCUUCAGGGCGGUUUUCUGUGCUUACUCUUUUCCCAAAGUUGGGGAAAAUAGUGUUUAAAAACCGAUGGAAAGAGUUUGAGAAAUCGCGUAGUGAUAGAGAUGAAGUUAUUGUUCCACUCAUCAAGUCUCGUAUCGAGUUGUUGAACUCUGAGCCGCAAUUAGGAAAAGAGCAAAACGUGGCUUAUGUUGACACGAUGGUGAAUCUACAGCUUCCGGAAGAAGAUUUGAACAACGGAAAUGAUGGAAGGUUAACUUACAUGGAGAUGGCGAGCAUGUGUAGCGAGUUUCUAAAUGCGGGUACGGACACCACCUCUACUGCGCUACAAUGGAUCAUGGCAAAUCUAGUGAAGCAUCCUAGCAUUCAGAGAAAGCUCUAUGAAGAGAUCGUUGCAGUCGUGGGACCUCCACCUCUAGUGCCAUCCCCAGGGGUGGCACUAGAAUCGGUUAUAAACGAAGAGGAUCUACAGAAAAUGCCGUACCUAAAAGCUGUGGUUUUGGAAGGGCUAAGGAGACACCCACCGAACCAUUUUGUUCUUCCCCAUAGGGUCAUGAAAGAGGUAGAGGUGCAAGGCUACACGAUUCCACAAGGUGCCACCAUCAAUUUCAUGGUGGCUGAGAUGGGUUUGGAUCCGAAGGUCUGGGAUGAACCCAUCGAGUUUAAACCUGAGCGGUUCUUGGUGAAUGAUGGUGUGUUUGAUAUAAGUGGAAGCAAAGGGGUAAAGAUGAUGCCUUUUGGUGCGGGAAGAAGGAUAUGUCCUGGAUCUGAUUUGGCUCUCCUUCAUUUGGAGUAUUUUGUUGCCAAUUUGGUUUGGUAUUUCCGUUGGACUGUUCCUGACGGUUAUCGUGUUGAUCUUUCCGAGAAGACUGAGUUCACCGUUGUCAUGAAGAAUCCGCUUAGAGCACACAUCUCUUCUAGGGCUGAAAAAUGAACCGCUUGAGUUGAUAUAUAUAUAUAUAUAUACAUACAUAGCAAUACCUUUAUGAUGAUAUUACAAACACUAUAUAUAACACGCAUAGAUCUAUAGAUGGAUUAUUUCCUGUGUAUUCAUUCCAACUUUGUUUAAGGCAUUUGAUUUGUGUAAUAGUCUAUUUUCCUGUUACUUAUUUGUAUAGUGUUUCCCCUUAGCUAUCAUGUGAAUAAUAAUGAUUAUUGUUUACAAUGUA